AUGUUGUUUAUGGUUGUGUGGUACAUAGGUGAAGGCAAACAGUGCAAAACAUUCUCCCUCCCCAGUCCAUUAAACUCACAUCACAAUGGGAAAUAUGUCAGUACUGAGUCUACACCUUCUGAAUCUGCUGACACUGGAUUCAGCCCUGAAGAAUGGGCCAGAAUGCUGAAGGCUCUGGACUGGCCAACUCCAGAUCAGCCCAUCACAGACAUAGCCAUGACCACAUGCCCAGCUUGCUCCACAUUCUCCAUCCUGGGACAGAAAGAGAAGUACAGAGUGGGAGAUGAAUUGUAUGUCCAUAUAGUAGCAAAAGACCAUAAUAAUACCGCAAAACGAUAUGGAGGUGACUUUUUUCUGACAAAGCUUUAUUCAUCUGAGCUGAAGGCCAGCGUGGUUGGGGAAGUUUUGGAUCAUAGGAAUGGGUCCUACUCUGCACGUUUUCUUCUCCCAUGGGAGGGUGAGGCCCAAGUGGCUGUACGUCUGGUCCACUCCAGUGAAGUGGUCCAGAUCCUAAAAAAGUGUCUGAAUUCUAACUCGAUGCGCCGCUUCUAUUAUGGUUAUUUUGAAGCUCCUGGCCCUAAUGGGAAAAGAAUAAAAGAGACUGUGACCUGUAAUGUGAAGUGGGGACAAGCUGAUAACUCAAGUACAGGAACCUGCAUUUAUCGGGACCCACGGACAGGGGAUGAGUGGCAGUGUAAGAAACCCAAAAAGCUGUCCUGUGAUGCGUGGGUAUACCAUAGGGGUGGAGGAUACAGGAAUCCCCUGACUACAUUUGAAAAGAAACUCUUCAACGGGGCUCUGACAAACAAAGGCAUUAAAGGGGAUAAUCGUAUCUUGAAUGUUCUUCCCUCCAAUGUGAGAAUUGGUGCAACAGAGAAAUGCAAACCUGGAAUGCCAACACCAGUUCCUGCAGGAUUCUAUUUGGAAGACGUCUGGACAUCUCGUGUGUGUAACAUUCAUCACUUCAAGUCUGCGGACAUGGAGAAGUGUUUGAAAAACAAACUAAUCUAUAUGAUGGGAGAUUCUACUACGAGGCAGUGGUUUGAAUUCUUUGAAACUAUAAUUCCAUCCCUUAAAAGAGUGAACAUACACACUGACAAGAAGCUUGGUCCUCUUAUGGCAAUUCAUAUGAAAAACAAUAUUGUUCUGAACUGGAGAGCUCAUGGUCUCCCGCUGAGUUUCGCUAAAAUGGCAGUGGCUGAUCUGCACUACAUAAGCAAUGAGAUUGAUGGCAUGGCUGGCGGGCGAGACACAAUCAUUGUUUUCGAUAUCUUUGCGCACGUCGUGUUUCACCCACUGACCUUUUACGCUCACCGAGUGUCAAGAAUACGCCAGUCUGUUAUAGCACUGCUCAAGCGGGCACCAGAGACAAAAGUGAUUAUUAAAUCUGGCAACACAAGGGAGACAAAGGAUGUAAUUGCAAAUGACUGGUACUACAUGCAACAGAACAUAAUUAUGAAAGAAGCAUUCAGAGACCUACCCGUGAUCUAUAUGGAUAUUUUUCAGAUGACUUCCUGCCACUAUGCCAAGGAAGAUGUCCAUCCAGCACCUGUUAUUGUUGCUAAUGCAAUUGAUAUCUUUCUUUCAUUUGUCUGCCCUGUUUGA